AGUAAAUAAAAGCAUUAAAUUAUUAAUUAAAUAUAAAGAAAACGAAGUGCUUUCAUAAAUAAAUUAAAAAUAGUGAACGAAUUUAAUGAAUAUUGCAACCGAAUUGGCAUUAAAUAAAAGGACAAUGGAGCAGUUGAAAAUUUAAUAUUUCACACACACAUAUACACAAGCAAACACACUCACACACACGCGAACGGGGGGGAAAAUUGAAAGCAAUAUUUUGUAGAAAAAAUGCAUAGUUAAAUAUGCAAAUAUUUUAUUUAUUUAAACAAAAUAAGUGUGUGCAAUGCAUAAUAGGGAAUUUUCACGCGGCAGUAGAGCAAAAAUCUGUAGGAUUCAUAAAAUUUUAAGCACCCAAAACCCACCACCAGCCAAAGCGUUUUUUUCAUGUAGUUAGAGCAGCAGCCCCACCCGCUGACAAACCGCGCUACCCACGUUGGCGUGCUGGAAAAAUGGCAGUGGAGCACAACUUCAUAGGCACUUGGGAGAUUGUGUCGUGCACUUUUGAGGGCAAAACAGAAAUUUCUGGAUUAGAGGGUAUAAAAUUUCGUUUGGAUGAUACGAGCGAUAUAACUUGGUACAAUGACUUGGUUAGUCCCCUUCCUGAAUCAAAAGACUGUGGCACCUGCUGCGAUUCAGCUAGUGUCUUAUUUAGUUGUGAGACAUACGAUGUUAACGAUACCAAUCCACGUUUAGUAUUCGGAGCAUUUGCUGGGCAUAGCAUAGAAUUUAGAACAAAUACCUUAACACCGACUGAUAUCUUAGUUUUGGAUUGUGAGAAUUGGUAUGCUUUGGAGUGUAAGCGUCUGAAGGAGAGUCAAGCAGCUGGUCAGGAAAAGGAAUUUUCAUUUGCUGAAGCUUUAAGUGAAACAUAUUUCAGUGAUGUGGUCAUAAAAAGCUCAAAUAAUUUGGAAUAUCACGUACACUCCGCUGUGUUGCGGCUCAAUGGCUUCGAUUGCAGUAUGUGUGUCCUAUCAAAUGCGAGCAUAAUACAAACUACUUGCAAACAGCAUGAAACAUUGCAAAGACAACAAACGCAGGAGCAACUUAUGCCAACACACAAUAUAGAACAGAAAUAUAAGGAAAGCACAAGUGGUUCCACAACAUCGAAUCCAAUUAAAAUAUCCGUAACAAUACCGAUGCCAACAACAGUUGGUGCAGCCUCUGAAGAAAAUCAAAAAUCAUUACCUCGACUAAAUCUAUCACCAAUCUAUUUGCAACCGCCAACCGAAUACCCUGGUCUCAAUAUAACUGCAGUUAGUGGCUUAAGCGCACAUCGUGGUUCUACCCUUUCAAACUCCUUCAAUUGUCUAAGCACAAAUUACAUGUACAAUAGUACUGGCAGCACAACAUUAUUUGGUCAUGAAACUGGUACAGGUAUGAGACGAUUCAAUCAAACUUCCCACUCUGAUUCACACUUGGAGACACAAGCGCAUUCCAAAAACAUUUUCAAUUUCAACCACGACUUCAUGCUGCAACCGCAAGAAACCACUACAGUCUGCAAUACUAGACGACCACCUUUAUCACCAUACCGGGCACGUAGCCCUUCACCAUUUCCAAGUUCAAUGGAUACACCGCCUUCAUCACCACUUACACCAGUUGGUGUGCUUUAUAAUUUACCUUCUUUUCUACUCACGCCAAUUUUACACUGGCUUUAUACCGAAUCAUUGUUGCCAGAGAUGGAUGAGGAUGUUUGCGAGAAAUUAAUCAAUUUUGCUGAAACUCAACCUUCGCUAACAAAAAUGGUAGAACCCACAAGGAAAUAUCUCAAAUUGAUAAGGCUCAAGAAAUUUGUUAUUAAUAUUAUAAUGGACUUGCAUGGUAUUUUAAAUCGCAUUAUACAAACAAUUAAUCCCGUCACCAUAUCAAAUGAACCCGCCACGUUAUAUGCGACCUUUCAGGAUUGUUUAAGAGAAUGUGCAAUUGGAUGUGCCAAAGUUUUGCAGUUUUGCAAUAUAUUCAUAAAGGAUGCCGCUGAUAUAUCCAGAUAUCAGAAGAAUGAGAUUAUUAAAUAUAUACGCACACGUAUACCUAUUUUUAUGUCUCAAGUUCAGCAAUUACUUAGAAAUAUUUUAAAUGUUUUUAUUAGUUUAACUGCUGAGGAAAAAGCGGAUUUAGUCAACUAUUUAGUACCUGAAAUUGAAACCACAUUAUUAAGUUUAACUAAUGUGAUAGAGGAAAUCAAAAACUCUCUUGAAAAAAUGUGCAAAGACUUAAAAUGCUCACAUUUAGAUUUAUCGAAAAAGCAAAAAACGGAUGAAGUCGUAGCUAUGCAAAUACAAAAUAAUACAUUUAUAACCGCCAGUAGUACUUUAGAUGAGAAUAGUGUCACGAAUUUGUUUAGUCAGCCACCAUUGUCACCACGUCCCAGGCGUGGUCCACCAGUGUGUCUUGCGCUUUACGAUAAUCCAACGGAGAAGCAGCGCCUAAUGUCUGCAGAAAAUGAUCUCAAAUUUGUGCUGUACAUGUACGAAGUGCGAAAGAUGCGUGACAUUUAUGGCAGAAUAUCUGCGGCUUUAGAUAUUAUUAGAGAUAAAAAAAUAAUUUACUGUGAAAUGGAUUACUUAAGUAAAUGUAGCACCAUUAAUCAAAAUCUAGAACAAUUAAUUGUAGAUCUACCGGCUUAUAUAUUAAUUGUGGAAAAUCUGUCGGACCGCUUAGAUGAAAAAUUGGGUUGGAAAGAAUUUAAAUUUUGCUUUAAAUUGGCAACUAGUCAAAUAAAUGGAGUUAUAGUCAAGUUAUUCGACCAUAAAUCCGCGCUUAAAGAUCCUAUCAAUGAAGUUUGUCGAAUUGUUAAGAAACAAGAAUUUACACAGUCACUUUUGGAAUUGGGACUAUUGGAACCAUCAAAUAUUCUGCAAAAUGAAUUAAAACUAGCGGGCUAUGAAAGCAGUCUGGAAAUGAAUGUAGAUGAUGUGACAAUACAACGCAAACCAACAGCUUAUGAUUAUAGAAAUGUUAAGUUAAACUUAAUACGUCAUCUUUGCGAGCCACCGAUAGCAGCACAUAGUAACUUGUCAAAGAAUGCUUUGCGUUUACUGCACUCUGCACAAUUAUCUGAUAUGGAAUUUGAAGUCCAGACUUAUAGUGCAAACACUCAAGUACCAGGUAUUACUGUUUUAGGAAAAGAGGAGCUUGAAGUGCAACAAAUGCGUGGACAUUUAGAGCAAACACCAGUGGCACAACGUGCAACAAUGCAAUUGCAUACGUUCAGAGCGCAUCGGGUUAUUGUUUCCACAAGAUGUGAAUGGUUUAAGAAGGCACUCUUAUCGGGUAUGCAAGAGAGUAUUACCAGAAAAAUUGUUAUAACUGAUACAACGCCUGUUAUAUUUCGUCGUUUGCUGCUUUAUUUAUACGGUGCUCCUAUAGACAAAACUGUUGGAGCUGAACAAAUUUGUGAAUUGAUGUUGUUAGCUGAUCGUUAUUCAAUUGAAGAUCUUAAGGAACUUUGUGAAAACACACUAAAUUCACUAAUCGAUGAGGAUUCCGUAAUGUGUUUACUGGGUAUAGCGGAUCAUUAUAUGGCUGGAGUACUUAAAUCAAAUUGUCUUUCAUUUUUGUCACAACACUCAGUUUUAACAAAAUCUGAAAUGUUUAAGGAAUUGCCACAAGCCUUACAAUUGGAAGUUAUGGACUUAAUACGUUGGUAUGGUCGUGUAUCCGAACCAUGGAGUGAUGGUUUUAAAUCGCGUAGUGGUUCUCGUCAUAGCUUGAAAAGUCCAUCAAAACCACGUUCAAGGUCUCGCAAGUCUUCGCCGUCUUACAUUUGACGCUGACUGAUAUUUAUUCGAUUACUUCUACACUAAACUGGAAUUGGCUAAUGCACGCAACUGUAAGCAAUGGAAUUUGUCGUAGCGUUCACAUUAUAAACUGCUACACUCAUAUCAAAUGUUUCUGCUCCAUUUGGAUUGCGAGCUAAGCAUAAAUACUCCUUUUCUACGUUUAUUAAAAUAGUUAAAAUAGUUUUUAAAUAUAUGUAAA